AUUAUUUUAGAUGGAUUGCUUGGAGGAAAUUUUCUUAAAUCCAAAUGCGCCGGAAGGUGUAAAUGAAGAGUUUGUGUACGAAGAGCCCGAUGACGAAUUUGAAUCCCCAGAUGUCCGUGAUGAAUUUGAUUACGAUCACGAUGUUUUUUAUACCAAGGAGGUGUUUGACACACACAUAGAUUUGGUAGACUGGGCUCAAAGAACGGCAAAGGAGCUUGGUUAUGUGUUAGUAACACGAAGAUCAAAUGUCACAAAAGGCGGAGAAGUUAAAAAGGUGGUCCUUAUUUGCAACCGUGGUGGAAAAAAAGAUAAGCGGUCAACCGGGGCACCCAAAGGGAGUACCAAAUUGACUGUCCAUUCAAAUUGGUAG